UUUCUUUAAGUCGAAAUUAUAUAAAUAGCCCAGGGGCCCAGAGAACUACCUAUAUAAAUCUGUGUAAUAGCCAUGAAUCGUCUGUCAAUAUAUGUUUUACAGAUAUAAAACGAUAAAACACUUAUUCAGACAAGGGUCCUUCGGCCCACUUCGCUUGAACAAAAAUACUAGCAAAUAGUGUUUACACAUGUUUACGAUGGAGUCGUCAGCAUUACAGGGCACUGAAAGUAUUACUGUGAAGACUGAGCCCGGUGAGGAUGCGUGUAUGACGAAUUUAUCAACGAUCGCAGUGUCUGUGAAAGUGGAGCAUUUGCUGGACGAUGUGCGCGUCAAGGACGAACCUAGAUCCGAUGGUGUGUGUAUAAACAGUGAGCCAUCGAGCUCAGAAGUGAGUGUAAAGAGGAGUCAGCCAGCGCGCGCGGCGGCGGAGCUGUACGCCGGCCACGCGGUGAAGGACGAGCUCGUGCUCGGCCCCGAGCUAGUGGAGCGCCGCCCCGUGCGACACACGACAACGGUAUCAAAUGGGGCGAUCAAAGAGCAGCAGUCGUGUGAGAUUGUCCCCAGGGGACCCUUCCUAAGGGACUGCAGUGUGCGGUGGAAUCGUCUUGACAUGGAGAAGCUUUCACCCACAUUCGGAGUACAGACCGGGACAACGAGCCAGGACGAACUCCACAGAAGAUACCAAGCGGCGGACCCGAAACCUACAGAUGUGCUCACUGUAAAUAUACGACGGUUCAGAAACUACGCUUAAUUAGGCAUUUGAGUAAACACACCAGUGAGAGGCCGCACAGGUGUGACCAGUGCAACUAUACUUGCAGCUUCAAGAGUCGUUUGAAAAUUCAUUAUAGGACACACACCGGGGAAAAGCCAUUUAAAUGCAAUGAGUGCA